AUGAAUUGUGAAGAAUGUUCAAAUGCAAUUGCCAAACUGUUAUGUACUGAAUGUGAUGAAGCUCUCUGCACGAGGUGUGAUGAGGCUAUACAUAGAGGAGGGAAGAGAAAAACACACACAAGACUCCCUCUCUGCCAAAACUGCAGGUCAUCCGCCUCUGACCAAUGUAGCACAUGCCAAAUUGUGUUCUGCGGGGAAUGCAAGCAGUCACACUCUCAGCACAGCCUAAUCCCAAUAAUGCCUAUAAUCAAAACAGCUGUUUUAUGGGAUUUAAAUUCUUGCAAGCCUUAUAAAUCUGAAGACAUCCAAAGAGUUGCUGGAAAUAUCAGGGAAACUGCUCAGAAUGUUGACUGUUUUAAAGCCUACGGAGAAGCUUUCCAAAAGUGAAAAGGUCUAUUUACCUCAAGUGGCAUAGAGUUCAUACUGUGUGAAGGUCUCAAAGAAACCGAAGCACUCAUGAUUGACCUUCCAAUAAUUGGAACUAAAGGAAUCACCGAUAUCUUAAUCAUUUCCGCCCAGGCCUCUCAGCUGAAGCCUUAUUUAUCACAAAUCCAAACAAAUUUCCCAUCAGUCCGCAUCCUUAUAGCUACUUCUAUUUCCCCUUUGAAUUUUGUAACAAUCAGCCAGCUUGCCAAAGACCUUCCAAGAUUUUCAAAACCUGAGGUGUUUUCUACAAAUUCCAAUAGAAACUCAUGCUCACAGCUCAAUAUAAAGCCUAUAGAAAAAAUUGCCAGUCCUCUCAGUGCAGCCGUUAAUCAAUUUUUCAAAAAAUACGGACAUGAUUCUGCAUGCGAAAUUGUGAUAAAUUCACUAAAAGAGCUAGCUGAAACAGGUUUAAUAAUGCACGACGCUGCUUGGUUUACUCGUGCUUUAGCUCAAAGACACCAAUUUUCUGUCGACAGGGCAGCAGACUACAUAAAUCUUGCCCAAAGAGCUCAAAUUAUUCAUGUAAAUGAGCGUCAGUUCGGAAACAUAAAAACCAUCAAAUUCUGCAGCUUUAAGCUUGAAAGUGUCAGCUUAGAAAGCUUACUGUGGGUUUUAAGGUCUCUAAGAAUAGAUGAAAUGAUGCCUACUGAAAGAGCGAUCCAGUCUAGAAUGAAAGAGGCUUUUGAUUUCAAGCCAUCCCCUUCUCAGUGGGAAAACCUUAUAGACUCCUGUAAAAUAUAUUCACCGAACAAGCAUCAACAUACAAAAAGUGGGUUCCUUCACACGACGACUAUUUUCAUAACGACUAUUUUUUUUUGGCCUAUUUUUUUUUGGCCUAUUUUUUUUUAGCCUAUUUUUUUUUAGCCUAUUUUUUUUUUUUUUUUUGGCCUAUUUUUUUUUGGGCCUAUUUUUUUUUGGCCUAUUUUUUUUUUGGCCUAUUUUUUUUUGGCCUAUUUUUUUUUGGCCUAUUUUUUUUUGGCCUAUUUUUUUUUUUGGCCUAUUUUUUUUUGGCCUAUAUUUUUUUGGCCUAUUUUUUUUGUUGGCCUUUUUUUUUUGGCCUAUUUUUUUUUGGCCUAUUUUUUUUUGGCCUAUUUUUUUUGGCCUAUUUUUUUUUGGCCUAUUUUUUUUGCCCCUAUUUUUUUUGGCCUAUUUUUUUACCUAUCCUCAUUCAUGAAGCUGCUGAGAGGACUAGAACCUUAUUGAGAAACAGAGACUUUUUCUUACGCGAUUAAUAUUGAGUAAAUUAAGUGAAAACUCCUAAUUAAAUCUAAAAUUUUCGAAAUUUAAAAAACAAUGAAUUAGUAUUCAUGGAGUACGAAAUCUGUUAAGGGUGCAUUUUUUGUUGGUUAAAUCGUUUAAAAACACAUUAAAAAUUAUAUUAAAACAAUUAGUAUGGAAUUAUGCCCAAAUAUUAGUAAAAAAUAGUUAAAAAAUUGUCAAAAAAUCGGCAAAAAAAUAUAGGCAAAAAAAUAGGCCAAAAAAAUAGGCCAAAAAAAUAGGCCAAAAUAAAAUAGGCCAAAAAAAAAUAGGCCAAAAAAAAAUAGGCCAAAAAAAAAUAGGCCGAAAAAAAAUAUGCCAAAAAAAAAUAGGUGAAAAAAAAAUAGGCCAAAAAAAAGGCCAAAAAAAAUAGUCGUUAUGAAAUAGUCGUCGUGUGAAGAUACGCAAAAAGUGCGCCUUCUGACAAGCCAGAAACAAGUUUUUCAUUAUUUGCCAGAAAUUUAUUGAGUAGGGACGAAAAAAUCCCUGAGUUUUCUCUAUCAGAAGUAAUUGAUCCUGUAACUGGGGUAGAAACUUAUCUGAUUUACCCAGUCGGAGAAGAAUGGGAAUCUGUCGAUCAGCUUAUAAAGAACGGGGACACACUUAGAAUCAAGGCAACUAAAGAAUGGGAAGCUUUUGUACAAUAUUUAGAGUCGUAUUUUCUAGGAUCAAAAAUUGAUGAUAAUUUAGCUAUUCCAGGAGGUAGGUAUGGGUGUGCACAAUUUUUAAAACUAUGUGCCUCACAAACAUUGAAGAAUUGCUCAUUAGGAAGAUUAAGCUAUAUGGUCCAGCUUGCUAUUGAUGAAGACUUAUUGAGAUACCAAAAGACGUUACUUGUCUGGACAGCUGCAGCGUCUAAUAAGUCAGAAGAAGAAAAUAUGAUGAAGCUUAGACUAGUUACCAAAGGGAUUUUAGAUUUAUUAAGAGAAAAUAGGUCAGGGAUUUCACUUGCCCAGCUGCCACAAAAUUUGAAAAAGAAGCUAAAUUUCAGCUAUGAUAUUACCGAGCUUGGGUUUUCCAAGCUAAAAGACUUGCUGCUGACCAUGCCUGAAGUAGAAAUUGAGCUGCGAGGCUCAAACCAUCCUUUUGCAACAUUAAAAAACCCUAGGAAGAGAAGGUCUGAUGAAACUGAACUUCUUGUGAAAGAAAUGGACGAUAUUCUUGGUGACUUUAAACAAGGACUUCCAGGCAACAGAGUUGACAAAAUGCUUCAUGCAAAGCUUGGGCAUUCUAUUAACUGGACUGACUACAAGUGCAGCAAUAUUUAUGAUUUUGUCCAAAAGAGAGCCUCAAGCUCGUUUGCGAUAAGUGGAAGUGGAGACUCCAGAACUAUUAUAAGCAAAAGAUCAAUAUCGUCUGAUAUAGAAACCAGAGACAGCGCUUCGUCAAUGGAAUAUUUUUUAUCAAACCCAAGUGAUUUAUUCUACAUACCAAAUUCCCAGCCAAAAGUAAUUAAUGUUUCAAAUCUGCCUCCAGAGCUGCAAGAUUCAAUGCAGCAGCAAGCUUUAGAAGGCCAUGCUGAGCAGCAGAGGAAGUUUAUAGAAGAGCUGCUUUAUGAAGAUGAAGAUAUUUCUAAUACUUUGCAUGGAGUGGAUCCACCACAUUACAGGACUGAUAGUGUAGAGUAUCACUGGAGCCCAAUGUUUUCAAGCCAGAUGGGAGAAACACACAAAGAUUAUAAUUAUAUUAAGUGCUUAACGUGUCUAAAACCAAACUCACUAAUAGGGGGCCUGAGCCAAAAAAACAGAGAAGUCUAAUAUAGGAGACCAUCCUAAAUGUUACAACCCUUUGCAAGGCUAACUUCUCUCACUCGUGUGUUGCCAUCGCCCAAAACCAGCUAUUACUUGUGUGCUAAAGAUCUCCUGCUGAGCAGCAAGGCCUAAGCUUUUCAUCGCCCGCUCAAAGUUUGCACCCAUCAAUCUUAUAUGCAUGGCUCUGCUAGAUAAGGAUUAAUUGAGAAAAAUCAAACUUCAUAAUAAUUAUUUAGCCCAGGAGAGGAGAUUUCACAUGUUUCUCAAUUUUAUUAUUAUGAAAGACACAAAAACAAAACGUUAAGUCAAGAUUUCAAUGGGCAGCUAAAUGAGUACACACGAAAACAUCAUUCUUCUUAUGAAGGACUUGGAUUUUGCCCACCUCCUGGAUUUAGCCAAUAG